AUGGCGCUGGGGGAGGGUCGCGACCCUUUGGAGCACACCAGUCUCUAUCAAAGAGCCGAGAGUGAGGACAGUGACACGGAGGGUGGACUGGGUAACGUGAACAAGAUGAUAAUGCGACCGCCUGGUCACAGCGGAAAGGCGAAGAAAGGACACAUCUGCUUCGACGCCUCUUUCGAGACUGGCAACCUGGGCAGAGUGGAGCUCAUCUCGGAGUUCGAGUACGAUCUUUUCAUACGACCCGACACCUGCAACCCUCGACUGCGUCUGUGGUUCAACUUCACCGUGGACAACGUGAAAGCAGACCAGAGAGUGGUCUUCAACAUCGUCAACGUGUCCAAGAGCGCCAGUCUGUUUAGGAAUGGAAUGACACCGCUGGUGAAGAGCAGCACCAAGCCCAAGUGGCAGAGGAUCCCCAAGGACCAAGUGUUCUACUAUAGAUCGGCUCAGCACCAAAACCACUACGUUCUGAGCUUCGCGUUCGCCUUCGAUCGCGAGGAGGACGUCUACCAGUUCGCCCUGAGCUACCCAUACUCCUACAGCCGCUACCUGGCCCACCUGGACAACCUUUGCACCAGGUUGACCUGCACCAGACGAGAGACCCUGACCACUUCCAUUCAAAAGAGGAAGAUCGAGCUGGUCACCAUAACGUCCAACUUGGACGACGCUCAAGAGUACCCUAGAAGAGUGGUGGUCGUCCUCGCCAGGGUUCACCCGGGUGAAUCGCCCUCUUCCUUCGUCUGCCAGGGUCUCAUGGACUUCCUGGUCAGCUGCCACCCCAUCGCCCAAGUCCUCAGGAACUACGUCGUCUUUAAAAUAAUACCCAUGCUCAACCCUGACGGUGUCUUUCUCGGCAAUUACAGAUCCACGUCGAUAGGGGCGGACCUGAAUCGUUCGUGGAACAAAGUCUCGGACUGGCUUCAUCCAGCCUUGGUAGCUGUUAAACCGAUGCUGAAGAACCUGGACAAGAACACCAGGACCCCUCUGGAUUGCGUCCUCGAUCUACACGCGCACAGCAACGCAACGGGGGUGUUUGUUUAUGGGAACACUUAUGACGAUGUGUACAGGUACGAGAGACACAUCGUUCUGCCGAAGUUGCUGGCGCAACACGCCGAGGACUACGAGAUUGGGAACACGAUGUACAAUCAGGACCCACACAAGUCCGGGACCGCGCGACGUUAUCUGUGCUCGAUUCUGAAGGAGCACGUCAACUGCUACAGCAUCGAGGUAUCGAUGCACGGAUACAAUAGAAAGACGACGCCUGGCAUAUUCCCCUACACGGAGGAAGGAUAUUACAGGCUGGGACGCAAUCUGGCGAGAGUUUUUCUCGAAUACUACAAGCUGAUGGGCCUGAUACCAGCUGGACUGCCUGAUCAGCCAUCGACUAAGAAGAAUCGUCAGUCGCGACCCAGGCACCGUACUCUGAAGCAACCCAAAGCAAGGAUCUCCAGGACACCGGCUCCCAUGCAUCUGGCCAACAUUCACGAGUACUUCCAAGAGGAGGCAGAGCCGCCGGCGAGCGGCGGUUACCGAUCGAUGAGCGGCACGCGGAUGAGCCAGCUAGGGACCGGAAGUGGAAGUGGAACGGGCGUAGGCGGGUGCAGGAACCGGAGCUACAGGUUCCGGAGCCCCGGGGCACCGCUCGACAGGGUACAGCCGCCGUCGAGACAUCCCGCCGAGCCUAGGCUCACCAUUAUCGAUUUCAAUCAGCUGACAAGGGGCGGUUUGGAGCUGGCUACCGGCAAGAACAGGGCAAAGGUCACCCACAAACGCGCCAAGUCCAAGAGGUAG